AAUAAAUGAAAAUACUUACUUUAGUAUUCCUAGCAUUACUCCUCAGCCUGGUCUUCACCAGCCCCAGUCCUGACUUCAGGGCUGAAGAAGAAGACACUCCGUGCCUGAAGAACCUUAGAAGGGUUCUGAGCCCUGAAGGCCUUGGAGACUUGGUGAAAGUAGCACUGAACAGUGCAAAGGGGCCGAAUGAACUUGGAGAUUUUGAGUCGUGUCAUACUGAAGGGCUGGAGUAUGUGAUGCUGAGUCUUGUGAUGCAGCCUGAAGGCAUGGCUGUAGUGAAAAUGGGGCUAUGUGUUCCACAAGAGUGAGCUAGUCAAGAGAGUUUUAAUGAUUUAUCGGCUUUUGUGCAGCAAAAAGCCCAGCCAUAUUUGCCGAAGGAUAUGCAGGUUGUUGCGGAGGUUGGGGUUCCGAGGGAGGUGCUUUCAGAGUCAAUGUCUGCUGGAGGAAUCAUUGUUCUUGUUGUGACAGGAUUUGUCGUCUUGCUCUGGUUCCUAGGUAUGCUUAUUAGUUAUACUAAUCUUGGAAACAAUGGAAACUUCAGAUCAGAUAAGAUUGAGGAUAGAAAGAUGACGUGGGCCCUAGCCCUACAUUCUUGGAAUCCUAUCGUAAACCUCUCUAAGUUGUUCACCGUUAAAGAUGGAGGUGAUAAGACAUUGAAUGUGCUCAACGGUGUCAGAGUGCUCAGUAUUGGAUGGGUAAUCCUUGGCCAUUCAUUUGCAUUUGUAAUGUUUUCUACUGUCAAGAAUGGGCAAACUUUAAAAGUCCUUUAUGAUAGUGACUGGUUCUCUAUUGUUCCAGGAGGAGUUUUUGCUGUUGAUACGUUCUUCUUCCUCUCUGGUUUCCUCACAUUCGCUCUAUUGAUAUCAAAAAUGUAUCCAAAGAGAGGAAUGAUUGGAAUUGUUAACACUCUGUUGAUCUAUUUCCACAGAUACUAUAGACUUAUCUUCCCUAUGAUAUACAUUCAAUUCUUCACAAUGUAUGUAGUCAGAUAUCUCGGAAGCGGCCCAUUAUACAGGACUUCUUGGGACUUAAUGAAUAAGUCGUGUUUCGCAAACCCCUGGCAAAACUUUUUGUUCAUUGCCAACCUGUAUCCAUGGCAGAUGGGAAGCACUUGUAUUGGAUGGGUCUGGUAUCUUAUGUGUGACAUGCAGUUCUUUGUUAUCAGUCCUCCAAUCAUUAUUAUCUACUGCUUAAACAGGAAGAUUGGGAAGCUACUAGUCGUCUUCCUUGUGCUGGCUUCAAUGGUUAUUAUGGGAGUCAUGUCGCUCGUCUGGGAUAUAUCUAUGGACGGAAGAUCUAGCAAAAAGACUGAUGUGGCAGAUUAUGUGUAUAAUAAGCCUUGGACCAGAAUGGGUGCUUAUUUUGUGGGAGCCUUGUUUGGAAUCUCUUACUUUGAGCUGACUUGUAGGGAUAAGUACCAGGAGUUGUCAGGCACGUUGUUUAAUAAGUGCUAUGAUAUUUUGAAGAACUCUCAGGUGAUUUCGUUGUUGGUGUGCUGAUUUGGAGUAGGAGUCACAGCUCUGUAUGUGUUCCCGAAUGCAGCUUAUGCCAGGGGAUGUAAUGAUCCAACUAGUUUUACAGGAGGAAACUGCUGGCCUUUAUGGCUUUCUUCUUUAUACAACUUCACAGCCAGACCUUUCUUCGUAGCUGCUGUUGGCCUCAUCAUUGCUCCUACUUUUGUGGGAAGGCUUAGGGUUAUUAAAGGAUUCUUGGGAGCUGAGAUGUUUGAAGUACUUGCCAGACUCAAUUACAUGGUUUAUAUGAUUCAUUGUGUCGUAAUGAUGCACUUCCUGAAUGACUUGAGAGCCAGUGUCUAUGUUACUUCAACUUCUCAAUGGUUCUUUGCUAUUGGAAGUACUGUUAUUUCUUUCUUAGUAGGAAUCCCACUGACCCUCAUCUGAGAAGUCCCAUUCAUGAACCUUGAGAAGUACGUACUCUUCCCAAAGAAACCAAAGAGACAAGAUCAUAUUACUGUUGAAGCUGAAUACACAAAAGGUAACAGAAACUCUGAAUUCUACAAAUUAGAAGACCACGAUGACACAAUGGAAUCUGGGAAGAAACUUCUCGAAUAACCCUCUCACAUCAAAAUCCAACACUACUUCAACAAUU